AUGACACCUUAUGUAUUCUAUGUGAUACAUUUUUUGCAGUAUAUAUUACUCUCGUAUAAAAUACGAAGUUUUCCGCGUUUAUUUCAACAUAUUACCUCAUUCGGAAGGUGUUGGCAUACCAAGAAAUUCGAUGUUGUCUUAAACUACUAUGCAGAAAAUCCUGGUCUUGUCGCACGAUACAUCACCCAUCUAAAAAGUCUGAAGACUUUCAAAAAUAUUGAUCUUCAUAUUAUAGUAUAUACUAAAAACCCAAGAACGAAUAAAACACUAUUAAAAGAAAUUUUGAAAGUAAAUAAUAUCAUUGAACUGCCAAAUAUAGGACGAGAAGGCGCGACGUAUCUUCAUCAUAUUAUUGAAAACUAUGAUACAGUCGCUGAUCACACCCUUUUUACGCAAGCUGCCAUGGCCGGUACCACCAUCACCGGUUUGUCGGGCUGGUUUAUAGAUCGACUAGAAAAUCAAUUCAAUUCAUCUGUUGGGUAUAUGCCACUUGUAUCCAACAACAUGAUAAGCAACUACAAUUGUGGAUUCCAUCAAUCGGGGCAUUACCCAAGAUUGACAGAAAUGUGGGGGAUCCUUGAAAAAACGAUAUGUCCUCCUGGAGGCCAAGCAGUAAGUCGAAAUACAUAUAAGUAUCACCAGUUGAUUUUGAAGAUGAUCGUGAUGAGUGCAGUAAUGUCAAACUUGAAAGUUGAACUCAAGUAUUCAACCAUCCGUUCAACUAUUCAAGUGUCCACUUACUCCAGGAUUCCACUAUAUCAGUAG